AUGACCCGAAACACGGGCCCCGACGACCGCCGUCUCACCACAUGCCACCGCCACCCAACCGCCGGUACCUCCGUGGGCUUCUGCCCCUCCUGCCUCUGCGAACGCCUAGCCUCUGUCGACCCCUCUACCACCCCCCGUCUCGUCCUCCCCGAUCGUCCACCCAGACCCGACCACCAGCUCCACCGCAGCAGAUCCUACUCCGUCUCCGCCACCGCCACUGCGACCAGUCGCGAUGGAGUGAAUGAGCCGCCGCGUAAUUCUUGCGACUCUCGGACCCAAGGCUCUCUUCUCGGUCACUCCAGCCCCCGCCGCGAACAUGGAGGCUCUGACAGGGAGCUGCGGCCUGGAGCAGGAGAAAUUAGGAUUUGCGAGAGGCGGAAUGAAGAAUCUGUUGCCGUUGAUGGCGAUUUUGAAGUAGAGGCGGAGUUGAGGACGGUGAGGGAAUUCAUAGAGCUCGAGCUGCAUAGCAAGAAGCAGACGAGGAAGAUACACAGAUCGUUUAGGGAGUUCGGCGACAAAUCGAGGAAAUGGCGGAGGAAGGGGAAGACGAGGAAUCGAGAAGGAUGCGUCGAAGCUAGGGAAUGCAGACUCAGGCGGAAAUCAUGUGAUGUGGACCCUGCCAUUGCUUCCGGAGUUUCUGUGGAUUAUCCCCGGAAUUCGAUCAACUCGUUCGAAGAGCCUCGGGUUUCACUGGAUGGAUACUUGCUCGGCAGGACGUACAGACUGACGCCACUGGUUUCAGUUCUCGGGGGUGCAAAGAUAAUUCGCGGCAGCUUGGAUUGCUGCGAGAAGGGGAAUGCCGACCUCAAUCGAUCCAAUUCACGGAAGAAAGGAACUCCAAUGGACGUUGCUGAGCUGAAGCUGAAAUCAGCGGCAAAACCAAAGGUGUCUCUUGACGGCUUGGACAUGUUCUUCGGAGCGAAGCUGAUGAUCACGGAGAGGGAGUUGAUGGAGUGGAAUUCGGACUCAAAGGCUGUUAAAGAAGAAGAGGGUAUUGGUUCCGUGAGUGUUAGACCUAAGCUCGAACCUGAUCCCAAGGAUUUCGCUAUCGGUGAUUCUAUUCGGGUUCUCCGUGCCGUGGACUGUGAGCAAUUGGAGAAGUCACGGUCACGGAGGUGGUGGGGCAUAUGGGGAUUGAUGUCGAGGUGA